ACCACCAUCUCUGUUUCCCCGCUUUAUUUCCCUUUCACACAUCACUAUUUCUCUCAGACAAAUAUUAGAAUGUUUAUCCAUUUGUAUUUAUUAAAUAUCGUUUGCUGUAUCGCCGGAUUUAUUCCGCUAAAAUGCCACAAUCGCUUCACUAAAGAUUUAUGAGCUUUCAAAGCUUCCGCAGGGUCGGGAGGCAGGGCCUGUCCUGCCAGGCUUCCACCCUGGGAAAACGCGCUGGGAAACUCCUUAAAAAUACAGUCGCAAGGCAUUGCCUGUCCCACGGGCCAGAGCGAGAGAGGAGCUGCCCGCGACAGUCUCUUGGCGGCCAAGGUGACUGAGCUUGAUGACUUGGUGGCGAAACCGGGCGCAGUUGGUUGGAAGCGUUGGUCGUGAAAAGUCGCUUCUUGCCUUCCGAGAAAGUGGGCGAAGAAGCUCCCGAGAGACAUCCUGGAAGAAUAAAUCAUAAUAAGCUAAAAUAAAAAAUUAUUACCACUGAGGCGGGCGAGAAUUGUUAUCACAGGCGAAAGUUAUUAUCAUCGUUUAGUUUUUAAAAUACAAUAACCACCACGAGACGUGUAAUGAAAUAUGGUGAAGAAAUUGUUCAUAAAAUAUUAAUUGGUUGUUUAUCGUGCAUCAACACUGUAUUCAUAGUACUGGCAAUCACUUUUUAUUCGCAUCUCAUUGACACUUUAUCUGCAGACAUUUCUAUACACAGAAAGAGAGACAGACGCACUUUUCCGGUGAGAUUGUCCUACUGACUCAGUGUGCAAAGUGAGAUGAACUUUUAGUGUAAUAAUAUAUAAUUUUCAAGCUGUGAGAGACUUUGUGAAUAUUUUCAAAUGAAAAACAACGAUUUAAUGCACAAAAUCGACGGGAUUAAGCAAGUUACAGCUGCUGUAUGAGGAAAGCAAGCAGUUAUGUACAUUAGUGACUUUAAGGCUUCCAGUAAUGAUAAUUACUUUGGCGCUUACAAAGUCGGGAGCACAAUAAUCAUUCCGAAGCUCUUCAACAGGACUCACGCUAAUCUGGCCAGUGCGGCUUACGGGUCGCACGCCACUGCCGGGGCCUGGUGGGGGCAGCACACACACACCCACGCGUCUGGUGCUGCCAUGUACGAGGACACCGCCGGACAGGCGGGAGGACACAGUCCACCAACGGCCAUCCAGCAGCAGUCGAGCCAGCAGGCGAAUCACGUGGUGCAGCAACCCCCCAACCAGCCAAACACAGGUGGUGUCCAGCAGUCCAACGCGGUGGCGGGACAGACACAGAUCGUGGCGCCGUCGACGGCGAGUGAGUCCCCGGCGAGCGUCAGCUCACAGCCGGCAGGCCCCCUCCACAUACCCGCAAAACGUCCAGGAUUUGAGCCUGACCCCUCCGUCAUAAGACACCCACACGCUUGGGGCUAUGAGACUGGUUUUGAAUCACAAUAUCACUCCCACUCGCAAUACUAUCUCGAGAGGGACCGCAAGUCUGUCUACUACGGGUAUCCAGAGGCGCAAUUUCCACAGCCACCCUACUGGAACUACCGAGAUCAGCCGUCCUACCUCACGGACGAUCGCCACGCAGCCAGACAGACGGUGGAGGGCACAGGUACUCAGUCCACCUACGACACAACCUACGCUGCCAGCGGACUCAGGCCCUACACUAGCGAUGCUUACUCUACGCCAGGUGAGUCCCCAGGAUCCAGCUUGACUGCGGCUGUUGGCGUCGGCACUGUGGGCUCCUGCACGCCAUCCAACGCCCUAGAGUGGACGGGUCAGGUGACAGUGCGAAAGAAGCGCAAGCCCUACUCGAAGUUCCAGACACUGGAGCUGGAGAAGGAGUUCCUCUUCAAUGCGUACGUAUCGAAGCAGAAACGCUGGGAGUUGGCGCGGAAUCUCAACUUAACUGAGCGACAGGUGAAGAUCUGGUUCCAGAACCGGCGAAUGAAGAACAAGAAGAACUCACAGCGCCAGGCGGCCCAGCAGAACAACAACAACAGCUCGAGUAGCAACCACAACCAUGGUCAGGUUCCACCGCAGCCCCAUCACAAUCCACACCACAUCAACUUGGGUCUGGGCAUGACCCAUCACGGCCCCAAGAUGCACCAGUGACCCUCAGACCACGACGGCGCCAUGGGAUUCCCCACCUUUUGAGCCGCAUCCCACCCAGCCGGAGGAGUCCCGGCGCCGCUGCCGUGUGGCCAUGAGCCGGGGCGCAACUUUCAAUUGACACUGCAUUGAGUAACUAGAGAUAUUGUCAUAUUAAGAUCCCUGUAUUAGUAGCUAAUAACACUAUAGAUUACUUGUGAAGGAAUGCAAAAACACGAUGGGGGAAGAAUAUCAACAGGAAAAUUUACAUUUUUAUGUAAAUAGCAAUGUUGUAAAUCAUUUUAUUUACUUUCUUUUGUAGAAGAAAAGGGGAAUGGAGGAAGAGUGUGGAAAAUAUCACUGUAGAAGUGUGUGGAAUAGAGAAAAAUUGACGGAAUCAGAGUCUGAAAAGGACUCUAAAAAAGUAUUGCAAUAGAAAAGUCUAUAAUUUAUUCACAAACAUGAUUAUUUCUCAAAGAAUUCUUCACAGUCAAUAAACCAUUGUGUACAGAGAGAAAGAGAGAGAGAGAACUCUUUUUUCAUUAUACUUACAAUGACAUGUGAUUUUUACUAAUUUAUGUUAAUUUCAGUGAAUUUGUAUGUUUUAAAAUAUAAAUCUUCAAGCACAAUUUGAAGAAAAUACCUUUAGAUAUGAGUAUAUUGAAGAACGAAAUUCUUGCAACGCCAAACUGCGGUGAAGAGCAAACAUUGAAGGUGAAUGGAUGAGCGAAAAAGCUUAAUGAUUUCUUUAAUAUUUCAAUUAAAGUUGACUUUUAUAGGUAAUUUUUUACCCAGUGACUUAAUAGUUGAGAUAACUUAUUUUUUUUGUAUACAAAAAGGACAAAAAAUAAAGAUACACAAUGCCGGAUGACAGAAAAAGUGUGGGGACGAAGGACACGUGAAUUAAAACACCAUAACCGGGAUACUUGCAAAAACAGUUGAAUGUAAUAGAUAACUUUUAGACUUGUACUCUAAAAAUAAAAUCAUAUUUAGUCUGUAAUUUCACUAAAUUAUUGUAAAUACAUAAUUUAAAUUCAAUUAAUAAAUUAAUCAUAACGUAGUUUAACCAAUAAUGCUAUAAAAAGGUAAAAAAAUAUAUGUGCUCAAACAAUUUAUGUACUUGAAAGAUGAGAAAAAGGCAAGAAAGAGUUACAGGAGAGAAUCUAAAAAAAAAUGGUAAAAGCUCUUUGAAACCCAGUUCUUACAAGCUUUUUGUAGCAAGAAAAAAAAAGAUUUAAAAGCAUACAGCAAAUCUCGGUGGAAAAUGAAGAAUUUACAAAUUGUCGUGUAUUUAUUUUAAGUUUUAAUUUCUAUUAUUGUUGAAUUUGAUCUUUGCAAUUAUAUAGUUUUUUUUGUACUAUGAACAACAAGUUAUCGGAUUUGGUUAAACCCCGCGCUCAACUUUAAGUUUGUCUUUAAAUGCCGAAUAAUAUAGUCAGUGGAUUUGGUGAAAACGAUUUUAUUGCAAUUGUUGCAGUUUAAAGAUUCCAAAGUACAAAAUAUGAGAAAAAUAUAAGGAUUAAAAUAAAAGAAAAAAACAGAAAACAUGAAAAUAAUCUCUUAAAAAGAAAAUAUAUCUUCACGGGAAAAAUAUCAGAGAUGGAUUUCUAGAAAGAAAAACAUGGAAAUAAAUGAAAAACCUCUCUUUCAACCGAAUUUAGUAAAUAAUCUUGGAUGAUAAUUGCUGCAUAUUUGACGCGAAAUCUCAUAGAAAUGGUGUUGAAAGCAAUUUAAAAAAAAAAUAAUUUUCUUUGUGUUAUUUCCGUCUAUCUAUAAAAGGGUGAAUGCGAAGGUACAGUUUUUUUUUGGGAGAGGAGUGAAAGAUUAAAGAACGGUUAGUGCCAUAAACAUUUUUCUCAACUCAGCAAAAUAAAUAAAUCCGCAGUCUGUCUGAUGUAGAAUUAAGAAGAUGCUGAACAUGAUUGUUUAGACAACACUUUCCCAGAAUUUUCACGCGCAAAUUUCCAAUUGAUAGAAAAGCUACUUUCAGUCAUUUCUUUGAUUUUGGAAGGAUUCUUUACAAUGUAUAAUUGAAUUAAAAUCUCCGCUCGAGAAGAAGAAAAAAAGGAUGAAAAAAAAACAAGUCGCCAGAAAGAGGAAGCAAGAGAAAAUAAGAUAUUUAAAUAGUAGGUUAAUUAAACAUAUUUAGAAUUUGAUUAUAAAAGUGAAUGAAGAAGGUAAAGAAUAAAUAUUAAACCUUAAUAUUAAAGGAACAAAAAAAUGACGCAUGAAAAUUGGUAUAAAAAUGAUUGUAUUUGAUGUAAUGUGAGCCUCACAGAUUAGUUAAAAGAAGAAAAAAAAACAAAAAUGGAGACACUAAAGAAGGGGAAAUGACUUUUUUUUUCUGAAAAUGCUGCAGAAUUACAAUGAUAUUAUUUAUAUGCCCAAAAUUAAUCCCACAUGCAACAUUAAGAUUAUCCACUGUGUUUUCUCUGUAAAUAGUCAAAUUGAGAGUGAGUCAAUAUUGUAGGUGAGGAGAAGACAUUUUGCGUAGUGUCGUGAAGGGAGUUUCACAACAAAAAAAAAACAAGAUUUUAGGUAAAGAAAAAAACUAUAUUCACAAUUUGGACAAUGAUGGAUAUAUUAUUAUAUCGAGAA